AUGAAUGAAAAAUCUCCAGAAGAGACUUUACACAUGACAGAAAUUCAGGUACCUGAGAAUGAAGAGAUCUCAACAAAUUAUGUCAUGUCUGGAAUAACAUGGAACCGUAAGCAAAUCGACGUCGAUGAAAUUUUUGCAUACAAUGUAGCAAUUGAUAUUAUGGAUGAGGAUCAUGAACCAACAUCUAUUGCAGAGUGUACACAAAGAAAUGAUUGGCCAAAAUGGAAUGAAGCAAUAGGUGCAGAAAGAACAUCUCUUGGAAAGAGAGAAGUGUUUGGACCAGUAGUCCGUAUACCUAAAGGUGUCAAACCAGUAGGACACAGAUGGAUUUUUGUGAGAAAGAAGAACGAAAAUGGUGAAAUUGUGAGAUACAAAGUUCGCUUAGUUGCACAAGGUUUCUCACAAAUUCCUGGAGUUGAUUAUGAAGAGACAUACUCUCCUGUGGUGGAUGCAACUACGUUCAGGUUCCUUAUUACUUUGGCAAUAAGAGAAGGACUUGACUUACGGCUGAUGGAUGUAGUAACAGCCUACCUGUACGGACCACUGGAUAUGAUAUUUACAUGA